GUCACAAGUUUAGGGAAUUUUCUGUUCGCACUAGUUUUUGACAUUAAAAACACCAUCCCCACAAUCACAAUGGUAAACUAAAACUAAAAUUCACUUUAAUUCACCACAUUUCUAUCAAGAUGCACGGUUUAAUGGUGAGGUGAUGGUUCGGCGUGUCCAGAGAUGGCGCCCGCCGACUCUCUUUAGAUCACUCUAACAUUUCUUUGGUGGUUGGGACAUAAAAAGCUCGCACCCGGUGCCGGUUUGCAUGUUAACAUUCUAGUCACAAAAAGCCAUAAAAUGACUCACGCCAAAGAGAAAGUGCGAAAGCACGAAUGCGCAGUCUGCCAAAAAAAAUUCCUCACCAAACACGAUCUCAAAAAGCACCUUCGAGUGCACACCGACGAACGACCUUACGUGUGCAAAGAGUGCAAUCAGGGCUUCCGUCAGGCCGGCUCUCUUAAAAAUCACGUAGCCGCCAAGCACUCCCUCGGACUACCAACCUUGCAAACGUACGUUUGUAACUAUUGCAACAAGGAGUUUCCGGUUAAGGAGCGUCUGAGGCUCCACAUUCGCAUCCACACGGGGGUGAAGCCCUACCAGUGCCGCAUGUGCCCCAAAACCUUCGCCAGAGGGGGGCAGUUGGUCCAGCACAUGCGCACCCACACUGGGGUCAAGCCCUACACGUGCGAUAUUUGCUCGUCGGCGUUCACCUGUUCAGCCAACUUGAAGUUGCACAUCAAGGGCCAUCUGGAGAUUAGAGACUACGUGUGCGACAUCUGUGGGAAGAAGUUCUACAGAAGGGACGCACUAAAGAAACACCUGACGUGCUAUCACGGCAACUUGAAGGCCUUCCAUUGCAAAAUCUGUAAUAAACAGUUGAAAGGGCACUUACCUCAGCACAUGAGAGUGCAUAAGAAGGACAAGCCGCAUGGGUGUGCCCAUUGUGGGGCGAGGUUCGCGCAAAGGUCGCAGUUGACCGUGCAUCAGAGGAUCCACUCGGGGGAGAAGCCCUACCGGUGCCAAGUCUGCUGGAAGGCCUUUGCCCACUCGACUGCACUCAAGCUCCACAUCCGACGGCACACGGGGGAGAAGCCCUUCGUGUGUGUGCUGUGUGAGAACGUUUCGUUCUCGCAGUUGCCGCACCUGAAGAAGCACAUGCUUUGCAUACAUAAGAGUUCGAAACCGUACGUUUGUAGCCACUGCCGGAGCUUCCACCAGACCAAGAACGAUCUCGACGGUCACUAUGCCAAGUGUCAGGAGUAUUACAAUAAUUUGCACCAAAAACGCGAGAUUGACGUUAACGCCAUUGACCCGCCUAUGUCUUUGGAGAAGAUGAGGUUUCUUUUAGCCGUACUAUUAAAAAAGAUCUCGUCGCAGGAACGACUGGAAGAGCUGGGGUUUAAUAAAAGACUCAUCGAUGAUAUCCUUGUUGACUCGAUAACGAGUUCGGGGCGGGAACCGUGCAAAGACACGAGUCUUUCAGUCGCUGAGAAGCUUAAAAAGAACGUGGAGAUUCUGCUCGAGUGGACGGUCCCCAAACAGUACAUGGAGAAGUUUAAAAACGAACAAAGAUCAACCGAGGAGCUUCUAGAAGAAUUGACUUCGUAAUCAAAGCGUUAGUACAAUAUUGUAGACUUGUAGGUAGCUUACUGACUGUUGCAAGUACCCGAAAUUUUGUUUUUUCUCAUGACUGUUGCGCUUUUUGGUACACCGUUCUUGCCCAAGUGUGAAAAGUACAAAAUUCAGCUUUAAGAAGCACUCACAUACCAAAGGGAGAAGCCAAAAGGUUGUACAGCAUAUUACAUUUAGCUUUAUUUGUUUUUUAUUUAAGACCAAAGAAUAUUUUUUGUUGUAAUUUUAGUUGUUUAAGUUUUGUUUUGGUCGGCGACCUACCGACUGCACCAAUUUCGUGUCAUAGCUUCUAAGUGCAAUACUUGUGGCAAUUUUGAGUUUGGCAUCACAACGGUAUAAACUGUUUAAACUAAUUUUGUGGUGUGAUGUUUAAAAAUAUAUCGACGUGGUGGUGAUUUUAGUUAGGAGUUUUUAAUGUUCCUUCAAGCAUUUGCCAGUCGAGUGCCAUAUUAUAUUUACUAAUCAUUAAAAAGAAACAAAAUUUUAUUACACCACCACUUAACUAAGUGUUAAUUAUAUUUUCUAAACGUAUGAUUUUUAAUGUAACAAAUACUGUUAUGGGCCGGUUUUCAAACCUCUUCCACUCUGAAAAUAAACGAUAAAAUCAA